AUCCGCGGGAUUACUGCGUGUUGGGAGCGGGGAGUGUCGAGAGCCCUCCGAACCCGGAGUGGGCCUGGGCAGCAGUGACACGUUAUGAAUGUCAUGGUAGCUUUGUGAGGCCACAGCGGAGGACAGGGCCUUGCGUUAGAAGCCACUCACAUGCUUAGAAAGAGUCCCUGCCCUGGAGUGCCUUGAGCCUCGAUGGCUAGAUGGAAGUGGGGAGGAAAAUGGAGCGCCCAGGAAGUGACCUGCCAGGGCUGAUGCCAUAGACCAGCUGCACCGUGGGUUGACCAGGCUGCCAGCGUCCACGAUGCCCUGAAUACAGAGCCUGGUGGAAGCCAAGGAGACUGGCCUGCUAGCCCUCCUGUCCCUUUCCCUCUGCCCUCCUAUUUUAGUUGGCUUAUAUUUAUUUUGUGGCUGGGGCGUGUGCACGGCCUUGGCCGGAUGUGACACUGCUGUGAUGUGGCUCCUUCGCCUCAAGCACCACCUGUCCGUUAACAUCUGGACCCUGCUGCUCUUGGGGAGCGCCUGGCUACCGCUGGCGGAAGGUGCCCCCAAGUCCCCCUUUAGGACUUUUUCCGUCACAGACUGGAGCUUGACGCACUUGGUGGUUCACAACAAAACUGGGGAGGUCUAUGUGGGUGCUGUCAACCGGAUUUACAAGCUCUCCAACAACUUGACACAGCUGCGUAUCCACGUGACGGGGCCAGUGGAUGACAACGAGAAGUGCUACCCCCCACCCAGCGUCCAGUCCUGCCCUCAUGGGCUGGUCACCACUAACAACGUCAACAAGCUGCUACUGGUGGACUACUCAGAGAAUCGUCUGAUCGCCUGUGGCAGCGCCUCCCAGGGCAUCUGCCAGUUCCUGCGCCUGGACGACCUCUUUAAGCUGGGCGAGCCCCAUCACCGGAAGGAGCACUACCUCUCCAGCGUCAAUGAGUCGGGCACCAUGUCUGGUGUCAUCAUCGAGGUGUCCAACGGGCAGAACAAGCUCUUCAUUGGGACGCCCAUUGAUGGAAAGUCAGAGUACUUCCCCACGCUCUCCAGCCGCAAGCUGAUGGCCAACGAGGAGAAUGCGGAGAUGUUUGGCUUUGUCUACCAGGACGAGUUUGUCUCCUCCCAGCUGAAGAUCCCCUCGGACACCCUCUCCAAGUUCCCCACCUUUGACAUCUACUACAUCUACAGCUUCAGCAGCGAGCAGUUCGUCUACUACCUGACCUUGCAGCUGGACACCCAGCUCACUUCGCCUGACUCCACGGGGGAGCAGUUCUUCACCUCCAAAAUUGUCCGUCUCUGUGUGGAUGACCCCAAGUUCUACUCGUACGUGGAAUUCCCCAUUGGCUGCGUGCGGGACGGCAUUGAGUACCGCCUGAUUCAGGACGCUUACUUGACCAAGCCCGGCAAGGCUCUUGCCAAGCAGCUGGGGAUCUCGGAGCGAGAGGAUAUUCUUUUCACCAUCUUCUCCCAGGGCCAGAAAAACAGGGUCAAGCCCCCCAAGGAGUCGGUCCUCUGCCUUUUUACCCUGAAGAAGAUCAAGGACAAGAUCAAGGAGCGCAUCCAGUCUUGCUACCGAGGGGAGGGAAAGCUCUCGUUGCCUUGGCUCUUGAACAAGGAAUUGGGCUGCAUUAACUCGCCUCUGCAGAUUGACGACAAUUUCUGUGGCCAGGAUUUUAACCAGCCGCUGGGGGGGACGAUCACCAUUGAGGGGACGCCGCUCUUCGUGGAUAAGGAGGAUGGCAUGACCUCAGUGGCGGCGUAUGACUAUCGUGGGCACACAGUGGUCUUUGCUGGCACACGGAGUGGGAGGAUCAAAAAGAUCCUGGUGGACUUAUCCAGCACCGGUGGACGCUCAGCAUUGCAGUACGAGAAUGUUGUGGCCCAUGAAGGCAGCUCCAUCCUGCGUGACCUGGUGCUCAGCCCCGACCGCCAGCACAUCUAUGCCAUGACUGAAAAGCAGGUGACGCGGGUGCCUGUGGAGAGCUGUGAGCAGUACAAGAGCUGUGAGCUGUGCCUGGGCUCCAGGGAUCCCCACUGUGGCUGGUGUGUCCUUCAUAACAUUUGCUCGCGGAAGGACCGGUGCGAGAGGGCUGAUGAGCCUCAACGCUUUGCCUCUGACCUGCGCCAGUGUGUUGAGCUCACCGUCCAGCCCAAGAACAUAUCGGUUACCAUGUCUGAGGUCCCGCUGGUGCUGCAGGCCUGGAACGUCCCAGACCUCUCAGCUGGGGUGAACUGCUCCUUUGAAGACUUCACUGAGUCUGAGAGCCGCAUCGAAGAUGGGAGGAUCUACUGCAGCUCUCCCUCUGCAAAGGAUGUCAUCCCCAUUACCAGGGGCCGGGGCGAUAAGCGAGUGGUAAAGCUCUACCUGAAAUCCAAGGAGACUGGGAAGAAGUUUGCUUCUGUGGAUUUUGUCUUCUACAACUGCAGUGUCCACCAGUCCUGCCUCUCCUGCGUGAAUGGCUCGUUCCCAUGCCACUGGUGUAAAUACCGUCACAUCUGCACCCACAAUGCUGCGGAGUGCUCCUUCCAGGAAGGACGUGUGAACAUGUCUGAGGACUGCCCACAGAUCCUGCCUUCCACCCAGAUAUACAUCCCUGUGGGUGUGGUGAAGCCCAUCACCCUGAUGGCCAAGAACCUGCCCCAGCCGCAAUCUGGACAGCGCAACUACGAGUGCAUCUUCCACAUCCCUGGCAGCACUACCCGUGUCACUGCCCUGCGCUUCAACAGCACCAGCAUCCAGUGCCAGAACACCUCGUAUUUCUAUGAAGGGAAUGACAUCAGCGACCUGCCCGUGAACUUGUCCGUGGUAUGGAACGGAAACUUCGUCAUUGACAACCCCCAGAACAUCCAGGCUCACCUGUACAAGUGCUCAGCCCUGCGAGAGAGCUGUGGCCUUUGUCUCAAGGCAGACCCACGUUUUGAGUGCGGCUGGUGUGUGACAGAGAAGAGAUGCUCACUGCGGCAGCAUUGCCUAGCCUAUGAGAGCAGCUGGAUGCAUGCCAGCAAUGGCAACAGCCGCUGUACAGACCCCAAGAUCCUCAAGCUAUCACCUGAAACAGGCCCACGGCAAGGAGGGACUCGCCUCACCAUCACUGGGGAGAACCUGGGCCUGAAGUUCGAGGAUGUGCGCUGGGGAGUGCGGGUCGGCAAGGUGGUGUGCAACCCCAUUGAGAGCGAGUACAUCAGCGCAGAGCAGAUUGUCUGUGAAAUCGGAGACGCCAGCCCAAGCAAAAUCCAUGAGGCCCGUGUGGAGGUGUGCAUCAGGGACUGCUCCCCCAACUACCGAGCCAUGUCCCCCAAGAGCUUCACCUUCGUGACUCCCACCUUCUCACGAGUGAUCCCCGCCCGGGGUCCUCUCUCAGGAGGCACCUGGAUUGUCAUCGAGGGCAACCACCUCAAUGCUGGCAGCAACGUCACAGUGACAAUCGGGGGACGGCCUUGUGCCUUUUCAUGGAGGAGUGCCCGUGAGAUUCGGUGUCGGACGCCCCCUGGCCAGAGCCCCGGCGGGUCACCCAUCCUCAUCAACAUCAACCGAGCAGAGCUCAGCAAUCCGGAGGUGAAGUACAAUUACACUGAGGAUCCCACCAUCCAGAAGAUCGACCCUGAGUGGAGCAUCAACAGUGGUGGGACGCUGCUGACCGUGAUUGGCACCAACCUGGCCACCAUCAAAGAGCCCAAGAUCCGUGCCAAGUACGGCAGCUCUGAGAGGGAGAACAACUGCACUGUCUACAAUGACACCACCAUGCUGUGCUAUGCCCCCUCCAUUGACAACCCUGUGCGGAGUCCCCCGGAGAUCGGUGACCGCCCAGAUGAGAUCGGGUUUGUCAUGGAUAACGUCCAGGCACUGCUGAUUGUCAACACCACCAAUUUCGUCUACUACCCAGACCCUGUCUUCGAACCCCUUAGCCCCUCCGGCAUGUUGGAGCUGAAGCCCAGUUCUCCCCUCAUCCUCAAGGGCCGGAAUCUGCUUCCACCAGCUACUGGUAACUCCCGGCUCAACUAUACGGUGCUGAUUGGCGAAACUCCCUGUGCCCUGACUGUCUCUGAGACCCAGCUGCUGUGCGAGUCCCCAAACCUCACUGGGCAGCACAAAGUCACGAUCAAGGCUGGAGGGUUUGAAUUCUCCCCAGGGACACUGCAGAUCUACUCGGACAGCCUCCUGACACUGCCAGCCAUCAUUGGGAUUGGUGGCGGGGGCGGGCUUCUCCUGCUCAUCAUCAUCAUUGUCCUCAUCGCCUACAAGCGCAAGUCCCGUGAUGCUGACCGCACAUUGAAGCGCCUCCAGCUGCAGAUGGACAAUCUAGAGUCCCGCGUGGCCUUGGAGUGCAAGGAGGCCUUUGCUGAGCUGCAGACAGACAUCCAUGAACUGACGAAUGACUUGGAUGGGGCUGGCAUCCCCUUCCUGGACUAUCGCACCUAUGCCAUGAGGGUCCUCUUCCCAGGAAUAGAAGACCACCCUGUGCUGAAGGAGAUGGAGGUUCAGGCCAAUGUGGAGAAGUCCUUGACUCUCUUUGGGCAGCUCUUGAACAAGAAGCAUUUCCUGCUGACCUUCAUCCGCACCUUGGAGGCACAGCGUAGCUUCUCCAUGCGGGACCGAGGCAAUGUGGCCUCCCUGAUCAUGACAGCCUUGCAGGGAGAGAUGGAGUAUGCCACCGGCGUGCUGAAGCAGCUACUCUCGGACCUCAUCGAGAAGAACCUGGAGAGUAAGAAUCACCCCAAACUGCUCUUGCGGAGGACUGAGUCUGUAGCGGAGAAGAUGCUGACAAACUGGUUCACCUUCCUGCUGUACAAGUUUUUAAAGGAGUGUGCUGGAGAGCCUCUUUUCAUGCUGUACUGUGCCAUCAAACAGCAGAUGGAGAAGGGACCCAUUGAUGCCAUCACAGGAGAGGCCCGCUACUCCCUGAGUGAAGACAAGCUUAUCCGGCAACAGAUCGACUACAAAAUGCUGACGCUGAACUGUGUGAACCCUGAGAACGAGAACGCCCCCGAGAUUCCUGUUAAGGUGCUCAACUGCGACACCAUCACGCAGGUGAAAGAGAAGCUGCUGGAUGCCGUGUACAAGGGUGUGCCCUACUCCCAGAGGCCCAAAGCAGGAGACAUGGACCUGGAGUGGCGACAGGGCAGGAUGGCCCGUAUCAUACUGCAGGAUGAAGAUGUGACCACAAAGAUAGACAAUGACUGGAAAAGGCUGAACACCCUUGCCCACUACCAGGUGACAGAUGGCUCCUCAGUGGCGCUGGUGCCCAAGCAGAACUCAGCAUACAACAUCUCCAACUCUUCCACCUUCACCAAGUCACUCAGCAGAUACGAGAGCAUGCUUCGGACAGCCAGCAGCCCAGACAGUCUGCGCUCACGGACCCCCAUGAUCACACCUGACCUGGAGAGUGGCACCAAGCUCUGGCAUCUAGUGAAAAACCACGACCACAUGGACCAGCGGGAGGGUGACCGGGGCAGCAAGAUGGUCUCUGAGAUCUACCUGACCCGCUUGUUGGCCACCAAGGGCACCUUACAGAAGUUUGUGGACGACCUGUUUGAGACCAUCUUUAGCACAGCCCAUCGUGGGAGCGCCCUGCCCCUUGCCAUCAAAUACAUGUUCGAUUUUCUGGAUGAACAGGCUGAUAAACAUCAGAUCAAUGACUAUGAUGUCAGACACACCUGGAAGAGUAACUGUCUACCUCUGCGAUUUUGGGUGAAUGUGAUUAAGAACCCCCAGUUUGUGUUUGACAUUCACAAGAACAGUAUUACUGAUGCCUGCCUAUCAGUGGUGGCUCAGACAUUCAUGGACUCCUGCUCAACUUCUGAGCACAAGCUAGGGAAAGAUUCUCCCUCCAACAAACUACUGUACGCCAAGGACAUCCCCAACUAUAAGAGCUGGGUAGAAAGAUAUUAUGCAGAUAUUGCUAAAAUGCCAGCAAUCAGUGACCAGGACAUGAGUGCAUACCUGGCAGAGCAGUCACGGUUACACCUGAGCCAGUUCAACAGCAUGAGUGCGCUGCACGAGAUCUACUCGUACAUCACCAAGUACAAGGAUGAGAUUUUAGCUGCUUUAGAGAAGGACGAACAGGCACGGAGGCAACGGCUGAGGAGUAAGCUGGAGCAGGCAAUUGACACAAUGGCCCUAAGCAGCUGAAAAGGCUGAGGCAGCCCUGACGACUUCCCGAGCAGUGCAGACCACAGGAGAGGGCCAGCCAGCGGCAGCAGCAGCAGAGUACUUUGGGUCCAGCGCCAAACGGACACGCGGAGCCUGCCGCGUCUCGAGACACUUACCAUAAACCAACCAGGCCACCUACCACCGUACCAACCACAAUCCAACCCGAACGACUCAGAGACCUUUCUAAAGGAGCAAUGUAGGGAGCAGUGCGAUGGAGCCGAGACCCACGCAGUGCGGUGGCGCCCCCCCAGCGGAGCUGCUCCUCCCGUGAGCACGUUCCAGACCGAAAGGCUGGAGGCUCGGGGCAGCCACGCUAACUUCUAGGACAAUGUUUUUAUGUUCUUGUUUUGGGUGGCAGGAGGGUGGGUGGGCUUCGGUUUUUACUGUACUUGACUUGCUUCCCUUCCACCACCCCCGCUCUUUACCCAGUCCCUUCCCUCUCCUCUCUUUCUCUCUCUCUCUCUCUCUUUCUCUCUCUGGCCUUCCGCCAUUAGUGUUAACUGCUAUAUUUGCACAAUUUACACAAGAUAGACAACAUUUUUAAUUUAAAAAAAGAAAGUAUAACAAAAAGGGGGGGUGGGGAGGCUGGGACUGGGGAAGGUCUGGGGCAGAAAGGUUCUACAUUUUGCAACAAACUAACAAAACAACAACAAAAAAAAAAAGCUUUUGGAAAAAAAGAAAUCCAAGGGCCGAUGCAGGGAGGUUCGGGGUGGAGAACGGGAGACCAGGAAGUGGGAGCAGUCCCGUGAGCUUUGAUAUUUCAUAAGAUUUUGUCCUGUGCCAUGUUUUAUUUGAAUGUUGUUUAGUGCAAGGAAAAAAAAAGAAACAAAAAAACCAAACAAAAAAAAAAUUGACCGUUUUGUUAGCUGGAUAGAUGCUCUAAUUUAAAUGCUGCUUAAAUGGUGUCUGAGGUAACCAUCCAAGAUGAGAAAGACCAGAAGGGAGGGGCACCCCGGCCUGUUUCCCCAGGGACUUUGCUGUUUCAGAGGGAGGAGCAGCAUGGUAUCGGUGUCCUCCUCGUUUCCUUUCUUCACAUUGCUGUUUCUGUGUGGGGAGGGAAGAAGCCAAUUAUUUAUCCCAAGAGCUCUGUCCAGCUGAGCUGUUUCUGCAUUGGGAGCUUGUACUCCAUCUUUCCCUGUGAAAGAAGAGGGUCCCAUUUGCAUUCUCCACCCCAAAGGGAGCUCUCAGCAGACCUACGGGGCCAGCAGCCGUUGACAAUGCACCUCUUAUCUGUGCCUCUCCAGUGCUCCGGCCCCAGGUCAAGGAGGUUAAUGCUUUGGAAGAUAGAGGUCAUGGUCUGCUCAGGUGGACAGGGAGCAAAGGUCUUCCAGAGCCAGAGCGAAGGGAGAGUCAGGAAGGGUUUUGUUCAUCUCAGCCAUGUUUUCCUCCUUUGAGACGGUUCACUCCUUACAUCCCUCUCAUGUUCCUGGGGUGCUGAAUAUCUCAACAGAGCCUGCCGAUCCCACCUUCCUCUAAAGCAGCUUUCAUGAAGCUAUGGUAAAGCUUCUGACUCACGCUGCAGCCUCUACGCUCCGAGAGCUCCCCCAGCACCAUCCUGCCAGCUCCCCCUUUCAGAGCGGUGAGAGGCAUUAGUCAAAUACACUUGCUCUUUAACAAGGAGCAAGAUCUGAGGCGCGAGGAGCUGUCAUCCUGCUGCUCUGCCGAUAACGAAGCCUUAACCUGCUGCAGCCUCAUAGUCCAAUUAGAAGCAGUUUUGACAGGAGCAACAUCAACGGAUUUGUUUCAGGUUAGGUCAAACAGAUCCCAGGAAUGGAAAGGGGGGUGGAGAAGCCUGGAAUUUUGACUGAGUGGUAAAAGCCUUUUCUUCCCCCCACUCCCCGUCAUCUUUUUUGUGCUGACUUAAGGGAAGGGCUCAGAUCCCCAAGGGGAAAGUUUAGAUCAUUAUUUCCUUGCAAAAGUCUUUAAAAGGCCUGCAGUGCCACAUAAUGCUGUACUUUCUAGCUGCGGGAGCUCCAGAGCAGCUCCCUGGGGUAGAGGAGGAGAUCCUGUCACGAGCGGUGAGCAUGAAAACCAAAUUCGGGGCAAACAGGGAGGGCAUCUCCUUAGAGGUCCUGACCUGGUUUCCCUGAAUUCAGGCCAUUUCUGAUCCCAGCUGCUUGGGAUCUGUUGGCACAAAAGGCCCUAGAGGCUUCUGUAGACUAAGCAGGUAGAUGUACUUCCCCACGUAUCAAUUUAACUAAAUGGGGGGCAGACUGGCGUGCCUCUCUCUCUAAUCCCUUCCCCUAAGCCUAGGAACAGAUGGUUAGGAAGGGGUGUGGUUGGGUGGAGGAUGAUUGUUAUAUCUGUGUUCACUGCUUACCCGGAGGCGGUGGGAGUUUUUCCAGCCGAGUGCUCAGAGGCUCUGGUGAUGGGUAUUAUAGAAGGACCUUCCAGUAAAGGAUCAGGAGGCGGUGUGAAACGAAGAGGUAGGAGGGACUGCAGAGUUUCUGCAGUGGCUUCUAUGAUGCUUCUGAAUAAUCUUGCUCUGUAUGUUGGUGGUUUACGCAGCUCCUAUCUCCUUUGUAUGUACGCAGUAUAUACUCCACCCCUACUUGUUCUCUGCCUCACGGGAAUCACUGCAGCACAGCUGGAAAUAGCUCAGGUGCUCAAUGGGGCUGAUUCUCAGCACCCUUAAUGAGAAAGGAGUGUGUCUUAGCCAGCAUCUGCAAAUAUCCCCCAGCCUUUGGUAGCUAGUCAGCUGAGAACGAGGUGCGGAGGCAAAAUCUUCCAAGGUAGACUCCCCCAGGCACCCUGUGGAGCCAGACCCAGCCAGGGAUGACUCAAUUCCCAGAACUUAUCUUUCUCCUCCUUUCUCAUUCCUCCUUCCUCUCCUGCACCGUGUCCCUCCCUCCCUUCCCCUUCCAUUCUGUCUUUCUGGGAGAUCUCUGCCUUCUCUCAUUUCACAGCAAACCCAGGCCUCUGUCUCCUGGAAGCCUCCACUUGAAACGUCCAAGCCUCUGUAUCAAGAAAUGUACGCACCGAGGCGCGGUCCAGGUUCGGAGCAGGUGACCGCAACCUUCCGCAAACUAUGAAAUGGUUUUUCUUUUCCGUACCAAGAAUCUGUUUUUGCAGCCUGGGCUGAGAAUGGAGCCAAACUACGCCAGAGAUGGGCUACUGCAAAAAGAGACAAAAUAUCAGCCCAGUUUCUAUCUGUUCCCUUAGAUCAUGAGUGUGGGGGGUGGGGGAAUAAUGAAGAUUUUAAUUAAAGAAAAGUGUGUAUAUAUAUAUAUGUGGUUACAAUCUAAUUGUUGUGCCCCAGUGGGGUGCUGUAUAGUUAACUGAAGGAGAAUCAAACCAAUAUAAAUAUGACAUGGAUUUACACAGCCAGUGGAAAAUACCAAAUGGUCUGGAAAAAAUUUCCAAGCAUUUCUCAUCAAGCAGAACAAUCUUUUGAAGCCUGCACAUCUCUAAUUAUGUUGUAAUUCUGUUUUUUCUUUUUUUUUUUAAUUAAAGAGGAGAAGCAGCUGAUGAUUUAAGGAGAAAAAACAAAAGCAACAAAAUAGUAGUAAUAAAAAAAAACAAACUCCCAAACCUACAAAUCCUGAGCUGUCUCCAGAGUUGUGGGACCCGUGAGCUGUUGCAUGACUGUGCUAGAUUUUAGUCUGAGUUGAUCUUUUUAAGAAACAAAAAACGAGCAAAAAAAAAAAAA